AAUCUGUGCUCCCUUUAUGUUUUGUCAGUUCGUCUGUGUUCGAUCUCUCCUGUUUCCUCUGUGGAUUAUCUGUCUUGUUCCUGCCUUAGCUCCUCAGUUUUCCUGCCACCCAUAUUCCUGGGUUCCUGUCUGCCAUCUUCUUCACCUGAGUGACUAAGUAUUUUUUCACUCAUUAAAGAGUCACUUCACUCAUCCAGCCUGCCGGGAAAAGACAGCCAUUCAAACCGGAAACGUUGCCAUUUAAAUGACCACUGAUGUUGCCGUAGUGAAAGGGCGAUACGGCUUAGGAUGAGCAGGGUCGCUCCGAGGAUGUUCUAACGAUGAGGUGACUUUUACGAAAGGUUGUGAAAUUGUCCCAGUCAUGCCUUUUUUGGAAUUCAUAGCUGGGAGCAUUUCAGGUGCAGUGGGACUGGCAGUUGGACAUCCAUUAGACACAGUGAAGGUGCGCUUGCAGGCCAACUCUAUGUAUAAAGGGAUACUUCACUGUGUGGCGAAGACAUACUCUCAUGAAGGGCUCCAUGGAUUUUUUAAGGGCAUGGCAUUUCCCGUGCUGACCACUGGCAUCGCCAACUCUGCUGUCUUUGGCUCUUACAGUAAUGCCUUAGAUUACCUCACUCAAUCUCAGCGCAGUGACCGCAGUCAAGGCAAACCGGCAUCUUCUGCACAGGUCUUCGCUGCUGGCUGCUUCUCAGGUCUGGUGCAGGUGUUUGUUUGUGCACCCAUUGACCUGGUGAAGGUGCGUCUUCAGGGUCAAACAACUGCUGACCGAUACCGUGGACCCAUUCACUGUGUUGCUGUCAUCCUGAAGGAGGAGGGACCCAGGGGUCUGUUCAGAGGAGGGCUGGCCCUCGCCCUGAGGGAUGUACCCUGCUAUGGACUCUACUUUUUGCCUUAUGAGGUCACUCGAAAGGCUCUGACAGAGAGCGGCAAACAGCCGGGUACGCUUGCAAUAUUGAUGGCAGGUGGCGUGGCGGGUGUGGUGACCUGGGCCUUUGCCACACCUAUGGACGUGGUGAAAGCCCGGCUCCAGAUGUCAGGAGCCGGCGGGCGGGAGUACAGUGGGGUCCUCAACUGCAUGACAGUGAGCGUGAGAGAGGAGGGAUUUAGGGUGUUUUUCAAAGGCCUCCUACUGAACAGCAUGAGGGCCUUCCCCGUCAACGCCGUCACCUUCCUCAGCUACGAGAGUCUGAUGGAGAUUUUCUGUCCACCAACAAGAUGACCUCAGUCCUGACAGUGAAUGGAUACAGAUUUUGCCUUGCAAAUCAAAGGAUCUUCCCGCAUUGUGGAGAAUUUAAUACACACCACAUGACUGUAGGUCGGAUAUUUUCAGGGUUACCUGGACUGUUUCAGCUGAUAUCUUAAAAAAAAAAAAAGUGUCUAAAACUUAGUUGAGUAUUGAAAUACUGUUUUGUGACCUUUUUAAAGUCUACGUAGGGUAGGUAGGUCAACUUUCAUUUGGCUAGUGUCAGAAACCUGAAUUCACUAUAGGUAUAUUUUUUAUUUCAAAGCAUUUUAUUCAUAUCAACUGGACACAAACACUAAAUGAUUUCCUAAUAAAUAAAUACAAAGAAUG